GAUAGCACGUGCGCUUGGGAGACGACGACAACGACGACUGUAAUAGAUAUACAUACGCAUACAACCAAAAGUUCACCAUAUAUAUAAUAACCGACGACUGGACGUUUACACGACUGAAUAAUAACAACAAUAAUAAAUUUAAAUAAUAACAACAAAAACCGACGCUACACGCACAUCGGGCAUACCGACACACUGAAACAAACACACAAACACACACUUAUAUUCGAGCUUAUCGCAACAGCAGCCUAUAAGCGGCAAUCGUGCGAAUCGCUAACAUUAAUACACACACACAUACACACACAUUUCUCUCUCGCGCCGAACCAACACACACAGAAGUCCGCGAAAGCUGAGAGACGCGCGCGCAUGUGUUGUCCUCGUGCUGCUCCGCACACUCGCUCCUAACUAAACUAACAUAUUAUUUACAAUACAAGCGACAAAGCGACGGCUAUCCUGCAGUAUCGGUGCAUUAUUACACGCGUGUGUCGACUGACUCCGUGUGUACGUGUGUCGUGCGUGUCCGCCUUAUCACAUCGGUGCGAUCAUCUGCAUCCUGCAGCAGCAGCCGUUUAGCCCACUGUGUGUACCGCGCGUGUGUGUGUGUGCGUAUUAUAAUUGAGUCACCGGUGCCUCGCGUGUGUUCGAAUGAUAUACACACGUUACGAAAUAAACAUUGUGACUGAUCUAUGAAAUUGUGUUGGUGCUACUACAUCGGAGUAUCUCGACAACUGCAGUAAUAAAAAAAGGUGCAGAAUACUGUACACGAUCACGGGCGCGGGCAACCCACACACACUCGCGAGUCACACCAACGAAUACCUCUCUACUACCAGUCGCCGCUCGCGCGCGUGCACAGUGCAGCGCAGCAGCGAUUCGCAUUCGCUCGCUUUUAACCUAUGCUCCGAGGCGGCGAAGCUCCCUCGGCUGCAGCAGCGGCGACGAGCCAUAUGUAAGUCGAGUGCGCCAGCGAGCCAGACGACUGCAGCAGCAGCAGCAACGAAGACACGUUAUAAUACGGACAGACAGACUGCAGACGCGGGUCGAGCUAGCUGCUGGGGCCUUCGCUUUUCUCUCAAGUGUAACAUAUUGUUUUUUUGUGCUUCGAAUUUGUUGUCUGCCGCUGGCAGCCCCCGAAUCGAAUUGGUUCGGCGUUGGUUCGUUCUCGACGCUACGGUCAUGCUGCUUCCUCGUCGCCGCUAAGCGUGCCCGGUGUUUAGCUUGCGAUCUCAUCUGGACAACGACGAUGAUUCCGUUGACCGACCUGUGAGAGAGGGUGUAUCACGAGCAAGACGCAUACACGGCUGAUAACAAUACAACCCACGUUUAUGUUUUGGCUAUAGCGGCAACGGUACACACCAAUAGGACAGAAAAUCUCUUGGUGACCAGAAUCAUCGUAGUGCUUCGUUCAGUGUUGUUUAAGUUCGUGUUAUUGAUUUGUUUUUCAACACCAUGAACGACGAGUUUGAAAAUCCACAAUGGAGCAAUAUGGAACUCCUGCCAGAAAAUUUAGAUAAUUUAGAAAAUUUAGGCGAUAUGGGCUUCAACAACUUGGACGAGCUGUAUCCGGACAUGCAGUGGUUCCAAGAUGAGGACAACAAGAGCGUCGUGAUCAAGGACAAAUUAAUGACGGACGCUGCGUUCGUGGGCGAGAAGCAGACCAAGAGCGAACACAACUACUGCUCCACGAGGACGAGCGACGAGGGUCCGAAGGCUACCGCGUCGUCGUCGUCUGCGUCGUCGUCGUCUACGAUACCGCCGUCGAUGCCAAACCUGCCGACCCUCGUGGCGAGCGUGCCCCAGCUCAACGGUUCGGAGGUCUUCAUUCAUCAAAACGCCCACAUACUCGGCAAUCUCGACGUUAUAGAUAUGGAAUUCCCGAUCCAGAUAGACGCCACGACGUUCAGCGCGGAAUCGUCGAGUUCGCACAAUGCGCGAGUCAAGGUGGAGCCUCUGAGCGCGCCGUCCAGUCCUCAGCAGAGCAGCAGCUGUGGCAGUAUCAGUCUACAGAAGAGAACGCGAAAGUCCAGUAUUAGCAACAGCGAGGAGCGCGCCGAGUCGAUAGCGAGAUCGAAGGAGUCGAAGAAAAUCAGAAUCUCGCACGUCGGCUCCAUCGAACAGAUUCUGCAGCAACAGCAGCAACAACAGCAACAACAGCAGCAGCAACAACAGCAGCAGCAGCAGCAACAGCAGCAACAGCAAGAUCCACCCACGCCGCCUAGCUGCUACGGUUCCGGUGGUUCCGACGACGGAUCCGACGAGAAUGUCUCGGCCCAUCUGAGGCCCGGCUUCCACGCCGUCAGAGUACUGCCCGAAUCGAUGGAGGACGACAAAGAGGCCAUCCAGGCGCUGGUGCGAUCGUUUCCCGACUCCAUGGAGAUGAUGUCGGCGGCGUCCGGUGACGCUUCCGACGACUACUACGAGGAGGAGGAUAUCAAACCUUUUAUUAAUUCCUUGGGCGGUGUCAGCACGUCGUCGAGGCAGCCGAUCACCACGAAUCUCAUCUCCAGUCAGCCGAAGGGAUCUACGGGUGUUCUCGUACUGACGGAAGAAGAGAUCAGAACGCUGGAAUCCGAGGGUAUACCCGUUCCAACGUCUCUACCGUUGUCAAAACAAGAAGAAAAACAUCUCAAAAAAAUUAGGAGGAAAAUCAAAAACAAGAUCUCCGCGCAAGAAUCCAGAAGGAAGAAGAAAGAAUAUCUCGACCAGCUUGAAUUGAAGGUGAAAACUCUCGAAGAGAGGAAUUCCAUGUACGAAUCCAAGGUGCUGGAGCUUGAGACGAGAAAUGAAAUACUGGCGGCCAGGCUGCAGGAAAUAGAAGCAGAGAAACUGAAAACUUAGAUGACGUAGUAAUUACUUAGCGGAUUAAAAAAAUGCGCGUCUCGUAGAAUUCCUUAGCUUAGAAAACAAAGGGAUAAAAUUCAAGUUUUUUUUAUAAAUCAGAUGAAGCUAUUCAUGAAGACAGUCAACUAAAUAUCUCAGUUGGUCAAUAUACCUUGAGUUAUAUUCCAGCUUUUUGAUACGUACAAAAAUGGUGGGAAAUGAAAAAGUUAAUUUUUCAGUUCGUACCUACCGGUAUAUAAAAUGAAUUUAAAAGUAGUCUUAUAAUUGUACAUAUUCGCAUAUAGUAAGAUAAGAAAUACUAUUAGGGUACAUUGUCCAGUAGAUAAACGACCAUCAAGAAAUAAAUGAUUCGUCAUUUACUUAAAUCUUUCACCAUAUUCAUAAUAUUAUACAUAUUUUACAUAUGGUAAACAUUUGAAUGAAAAAUUGUCCAUUGACUGGGCAGUUGACCGCGUUCUACAUUAGACAAUAUUUUUAUAGUUUAUAUAUUUUAAGGUGUCGGCAAUUGAUAGAAAGCUUGAAAAUCUAAGAUCUGCGGGAAUAAUCAACGGAAAGAUUUGCAAUCGUCUUUUCCAUUUCGCACUUAAAUAUUUACGAUUAUUUAUCAUAAGGGUAGACACAAAUGCCUCAUCAUAUUUACGAUACACUUGUAAUAUAUUUUUUUCUUACAACUUUUAUUGUGCCUACAAUGAUCCAUAAUUGUUUUAGAUUUUCAUGCAACUUUGUUUGGAAAUAUCCAAAUAAUUGCUUCGACUAUAUCGUAAUUAUUAAAAUGUUCUUGAAUGAUUGUUUAAAGAGCAGUACUAAUUGCUAAUGAUGUGAUAUAAAAUUCAAUUAACUGUAUAUCUAGAAAAGCCCCAAAGUCAGUAUGAAAAAAGGACUUGCAAGCGCUCUUCUAAUUCAUGUUAUAAAGACAAACUACUUGUCUGCUUCAAGUUUGUUUAUAAUUGUUCAUUUUCAUGCUAGCUUCGACAUGUUUUAAAGGGAUUUUAUGUAAAUCUUAGAAAGAACUUUCAAGAGAAUCCGGAAACCAGCCCAAAAUUCAAAUUUACAAAUAAGUUUACUGAAAUUUCUUCUGAAUAUUUCUCGAAAAAAAAUAUUUAGUAGUAGUUCCAGAAAUCUUAUUUAAAAAUUUGAAUUAUGUUUUUCGUAUUCCGUUAAUGCGUUAAUCAUUAACAUAUUUGAAACGAUAUGAGAUUAGAUUGACGUGAAAAACCAAAGCAUAGUCUGAUUUGCCUCAUGCAAAUUUAUAUAGUGAUGUCUAAAAUCUCAUUCACAAGAACUAGGAAAAAAAACGACAUCGAAACUGCAUCGUUCAUAACUGACCGUUCAUGAUACUAAUUAUUCACUUUAAAUAAACGAGUAUACAUAUCUUGCUUGAAACUUAGCAAAAUUAUUUGCAAUACGUUACCAUCUAUUAAGCAUUUGUUGCGGUGUAUUAUUUUCAAGCAACAACAAAAGGUGCCUUCGCUCAUGGCUAAUUUUGUACGUUCAAUGUAUCUUAAUGGUCGUGAGCUCUUGCCGGAGUUUGAUGAAGCUAAGCUAUUAGAUACAUUGCAAUUGUAACAAUUGAAACGUAACUAUCUACUGCAUCCCCAAAGAGAAUAAAGCCCUCUGCACGUUAUUUUAUUAGCAUGCGAAUUAUACUGUAUUUAAUAUUGUAAAACAUAAUGUUACAAUGUCAUUUUCGACGGACUUACUAGUAUAACAAUUUGAAACGAUGCUGGUACACAAUUUUCAAUUCUCUUUGUUAUACAAUAAUUUAAAGAUUUAAUACAAUUUAUAGCAUAGUUGAAAGAAAAACAUUCCUAACUUAAGAAUAUGGAUGAAUUGUUUUGAGUAUCACAUUGCGAAAAACUAUUACAAUCAAGAUCUUUGAACUUUUAUCAGUGCAAUUGUUAAAAUUGAUUGAGCAUUUAUAUUUAAGAUUGAAGUAAAUUUAAACUUCAGAACUGUAUACACCCGCGAUGCAUAGCUAAAUUAACGUCGGGAUAUGUGCAAGUGAAUGAAUGGAGUAUUAGGAAGUCAUGCGUGAAAGUAUGGAUUUACAAUGUACAUUGAAUUAUAGAGCACAAUUAUUAUUACAUGGAUUUUGUAAAUCUUUAUGAAGUACUUUCGACUUCCCAAUAGUGACUGAAUGUAGUCAUCUAUUACUGAUUUUGGUAUUUUUAAAAUAAUUUUUAGUUAAAAUGUGAUCGAAUACAAUGAGACUCGAAAUGUUAACGAAAGUAGAGUUUUUGUUUUUAAUUAUUCGACACACAACGUUCAUAAUAAUUGUAAAGAAGCUUUGAAUGGUCAUGGCGUGCUUGAUAGAAAUAUUCAAUAUAUAUGUACAGAUAUAUUUUUAACAGAGUGUAACUGGACGCCUUUUUUCAAAGAAAUCAUAGUAUGCUAACUGACAGCUCUUAGAAGUGAUUAUGAAAUUAAUCAGAUAAUGAAAUUAGACCAAC